UGGAGGGAGAUGGAGUUAGUGGACUUCAUGACAGUUGGCCCCACCCUGGGGCUGUAAAAGGAAGUGGAACUUCCGCAGCCUCAGGCCCCACCUAGAGGCCACCUCCCGGUCAGCGGUGUCUGUCCUUGUGUAGAGAUGUGAACCCAGCAGCAGCUGCAGCAGGAGAGGAAUGGGCUCUGAGUAGCAAACAAGUUCUCAAACCAUGAAUUAUGUGGGCCAGCUGGCGGGGCAGGUGCUCGUCACUGUAAAGGAACUCUACAAGGGCAUUAACCAAGCCACUUUGUCUGGGUGCAUCGAUGUUGUUGUGGUUCGGCAGCAGGAUGGCACCUACCAGUGCUCACCUUUUCACGUGCGCUUUGGAAAGCUGGGAGUCCUGAGAUCCAAGGAGAAAGUGAUUGACAUAGAAAUCAAUGGUAACGCAGUGGAUCUUCACAUGAAAUUGGGUGACAAUGGAGAAGCCUUCUUUGUAGAGGAGACGGAAGAAGAAUAUGAAAAACUGCCUGCUUAUCUUGCCACCUCACCAAUUCCUACUGAAGACCAGUUCUUUAAAGACAUUGACAGCCCUUUGGUGAAAUCAAGUGGAGAUGAAAGGCCAUCUCAAAGCUCAGAUGCUUCUCUCGCCCUGGAAACAGAGACGGUUUUCACUCCAAGUUCUGUGAAGAAAAAAAAACGGAGGAGAAAGAAGUGGAAACAGGACAAUAGAAAAGAGGAGCAGGCAGCUUCUCCUGCCGCGGACGACACAUGCGAUGUGGGCGUGAGCUCUGACGACGACAAGGGAGCCCAGACGGCAAGAGGAUCUUCAAAUGCUUCCUUAAAGGAAGAGGACUAUAAGGAGCCUCCGCUCUUCCGCUCCGGGGAUCACUACCCCCUAUCAGAUGGAGAUUGGUCCCCAUUAGAAACCACUUACUCCCAGACAGUGUGUCCUAAGAGUGACUCGGAGCUAGAGGUGAAGCCAUCAGAGAGCCUGCUCAGAUCUGAGUCUCACAUGGAGUGGACUUGGGGCGGGUUCCCAGAGUCUACCAAGGUCAGCAAGAGAGAAAGACACGAGUAUCAUCCGAGGACAGCUACAAUUACACCAUCAGAAAACACUCAUUUUAGGGUAAUUCCCAGUGAAGACAGCCUCAUAAGAGAAGUUGAGAAGGAUGCUGCUGUUGAGGAUACUGUCUGUACCAUAGUGAAGCCCAAACCCAGAGCCCUGUGCAAGCAACUGAGUGACGCACCUUCUGCUCAGCUUCCUGAACUGCCUCUCGAGCUGCCUCAGAUUUCAUCUAUGUUAGAUGCAGACCAUGUUCCCAGCUCAUCCUCAGUAGAGGCUCCCUCAGAACCCAAACCAGCUGCUAAAGUAGACUCACCAACAAAGAAGAAAGGUGUUCACAAAAGAAGUCAGCACCAGGGACCUGAUGACAUUUACCUUGAUGACUUAAAGGCUCUCGAGCCUGAAGUGGCAGCUCUCUAUUUCCCUAAAAGUGACACAGAUCCUGGCUCCCGGCCGUGGCCUGAGUCCGACACAUUCUCUGGCUCUCAGUCCCCACAGUCUGUGGGAAGUGCGGCUGCAGACAGUGGCACUGAGUGCCUUUCAGACUCUGCCAUGGACUUGCCUGAUGUCACGCUUUCCCUCUGUGGUGGCCUCAAUGAGAAUGGAGAGAUUUCUAAAGAAAAGUUCAUGGAGCAUAUCAUCACUUACCAUGAGUUUGCAGAAAACCCUGGCCUUAUCGACAACCCGAACCUUGUGAUACGGAUAUAUAACCGUUACUACAACUGGGCUUUGGCUGCUCCCAUGAUCCUUAGCUUGCAAGUAUUCCAGAAGAGUUUGCCUAAGGCCACAGUUGAGUCCUGGGUUAAAGACAAGAUGCCAAAGAAAUCUGGUCGGUGGUGGUUUUGGCGUAAGAGAGAAAGCAUGACCAAACAGCUGCCAGAGACCAAGGAGGGAAAAUCUGAGGUCCCACCAGCAAAUGACCUGCCUUCCAGUGCUGAGGAGCCAACCAGUGCCAGCUUGGUGUUGGAUAGGCCUGCAGAGAAUGAUACUUCCAGUGAUGAGGGGUCACAGGAGUUGGAAGAAACAAUCAAAGUUGAUGCCAUCUCCAUGGAGACAUUGAGUCACUGUAGCACAGCUUCAUACAAGAAGUCUCUCCGUCUCUCUUCGGACCAGAUAGCAAAAUUGAAGCUCCAUGAUGGCCCCAAUGACGUCGUAUUCAGUAUUACAACCCAGUAUCAGGGUACCUGUCGUUGUGCGGGUACCAUUUACCUGUGGAACUGGAAUGACAAAGUCAUCAUUUCUGACAUUGAUGGAACAAUAACCAAGUCUGAUGCUUUGGGACAGAUCCUCCCACAACUGGGUAAAGACUGGACUCAUCAGGGCAUAGCAAAGCUCUACCAUUCUAUCAAUGAGAACGGUUACAAGUUUCUAUACUGUUCUGCACGUGCCAUUGGCAUGGCCGACAUGACCCGUGGUUAUCUGCACUGGGUCAAUGAUAAGGGAACAAUCUUGCCCCGAGGCCCUCUGAUGCUGUCUCCCAGCAGUUUGUUCUCUGCCUUCCACAGGGAAGUGAUAGAAAAGAAACCAGAGAAGUUCAAAAUUGAGUGUCUGAAUGAUAUUAAGAACCUGUUCGCCCCGUCCAAGCAGCCCUUCUAUGCUGCCUUUGGAAACCGUCCUAACGAUGUCUAUGCUUACACACAAGUGGGAGUUCCAGACUGUAGAAUAUUCACCGUGAAUCCAAAGGGUGAAUUAAUACAAGAAAGGACCAAAGGAAACAAGUCAUCGUAUCACAGGCUGAGUGAGCUUGUAGAACACGUGUUUCCACUUCUCAGUAAGGAACAGAAUUCUGCCUUUCCAUGCCCAGAGUUCAGUUCCUUCUGCUACUGGCGAGACCCAAUACCUGAUGUGGACCUGGAUGACCUAGCUUGAGCAGGGCCUGUAUGGCUAGGUUGGGGCACUGUCACUCACCUCCCAGCAGAGACGGUAACUGGCCCUCCUACAGAUGAAGACCCAGGGGCUGGCAAUCAGGAACCUGCUUUCCGGAACAGGGACAGAAUCCCCGAAGCUGCCGCCCUCUUUGACCUUCCCAGGCCACCACUCAGCACCUGGACAGAGGAAUCAGGGACUCAGCCUGAGGUACAAGCCUGUGUUCCAUUACACGUGGGCCCUUACAUACUUCCUGUGGAGUUGUGUGCUGGGCACCACUCAACUGCAUAACUUAAAUGGAAGAAUUUAGAAUCCAAGAAAGAGUGGACCAGCACAUUACUGCACAAAGUAAAGAGUUAAAAUCUCCACUGGUCAAUUGAGGUCGCUUCUCUAUAUAACCAGGGCUUUCUCCAGAGGUCCAGUUAGUGUUGCUGGCUACGAGUCCAUGUCCUCCUGGGACACUUCCACUCUUGCUCGCUGAGCUAGGACAGCUGCUUCCUGUGCCCCCCCUCUUCCUGUGUGCCAGCACCAGGAGCCCAAGUGCACCAGCGUGGGCUUUCAGGGGAAGAGCACCCUUGCCUCAUCAUCGCCUCACCUGUGCCUGCUGCACAGUGAGAAAGAAGCCGUUGAAAUUACUGUUUUAGCUUGGCCAGAAGAACAAAUGGAUAUUUCAUGUCCAGAGUAAUAGUGAGAAAUUGAUCUAAAAUACAUAAAAGGCAGCAGUUUCACCUCACAAGUAUUGAAAGGCAGUUGCACUGGGUCCUGAGAGUUACCCUUUUCUCUGACACUGUCACCUGGCUUUAGUGGCCCUUUGCAGGUAGAUAUUUCAGGAUUUGUGGAUUUUGGGAAUUCUGGACUUCAGAGUUGCCAGGGGAAAAGCCUUUAGCUAGUGGCAUUGACCAGUUAUUUGGAUUCCAACCAUGUAAUGAGUCCCUGGAGGCACGGGAGAAAGGGGUCGUGGAGGGCCUGUUGAUAGCCAGCACCUCAGCAGAGAUAUACUGCAGAUGAGGUCAUGGGGCUGUGGGGACCCUUGCAUUUCCUUGGCAGCAUCAUACACUGGCCUAGUUAGGAGCUCUUGUUAAAUGUCAGAGCAGAUGGCACCAGGCACAGUUAUGUCCUGGAGUCUCCAGAGCCUAUGAUCAGCUGGGUGCGGACAGUCACUGCAGCACGAGCAUCAAGAGAACUUUUGGCCGAAGGUGUCCUAGAGACAGACCUUUAGUGGUUCUUGGUCACAGUCCUCCACUGGGAAGAUGGAAGUGAAGGCUUCUGAACAGAGAGGGGACUACAGAUAAAGAUGGGUCUGUUUCCAGCCCUACAGUUGGAUGGCUAGCCUUGUCAUAGUGUUUUAGUUUGCUUCACCCAAAAUGAUACUCACCUAGAGUUGGUUUAGAAAAGGGGUGGUUAUUUUCCAGAUUGGAGAGUUGAGUGUCCCUGCCUCAUUUUAGUAUUGCAGUUGAAUGCAGAGACCAUGGUAAAAUUCUUUAAUAAAAGAAAAAAAACCCUUUGAACGUAGUUCUCAGUGGCAAAACCACUGGAAGCACAUGCUCCCAGAGAAGGGCAACACAGGCUUCCACAGUGCUGACCUUCCUCAUAAGUAGUUCACAUCUCCUUCAUGAGUUAUUUGUGUUAGGCAAUAGGGAAACUUAGUUGUUUAUGUGAAAUUCUUCCCAGUUAGUGAAAUAAGAUUCUGCUAAAGCAGCCACCUGGCCACCUCCUGGGACUUAGCACGCUUUAAUUUAAAGAAUAAUGAGAGUUGUGUGUGCCUAACCUGAGCUUAGUAGAAUCUCUGUGGUACAGAAAAUCUUAUCAUGUUUCCUCCUUAGAUUGUUUUAGUUUGUCCUCUAUGGAGUUUUUGCCUAGGUAGUCUGUUUCCUUUUCUUGACAAACUCUUUUCUUUGGACACAUGGGCCUUUUCAGAGGACCCAGCUUAGGGUCUGGGGCCCCUGGCCUGUGCUGACCCCUCUGCCCCAGUGUCCAUUAGCCCUGCACUUGUCACUACAGAUUGAUCCAUGGGUAUUUAGGCUAAUGAAGGUAACUCUUUUUCCUUAUUUAAAGGAGUCUUCUCGCUGGAAGCAGAUGAUUACUGUUACUGUAGUGUUAUGAAGUAUUAGGUUUGUGCUGAAAAUCCAUUGCCAUUUGUUACAAAUGACAUUUGUUCUUUCUGUGAAAGAGAGAUGCCCUCACGUGUGUUUGCACACAAACCCUUAGGUGGCUUGUUGCAGUAUCCCCCUUGUCAUCAGUGACAGGUGAUAUUGAAGGGACACUGCCGGCAGAUUGGCCUCCGAGUCACUCUGUCAGUUGCUGCGUCAGUGAAAUGGCCCCUCUGUCCUCCAGUUCACUCUAACGUUAGUGUUUGCUUUGAUGUCUUUUUGAGUGUUGAAGCUUGCACUGCUGCAGAAUUGAUGGCUGCUCUCCCUCAGGCUGUGUAGGAUGCGUACGUGGACCUGGGGCAUGCACACUUAGCCCCACGAUCAGCACUGCAUUCCCUGAGGUCUAACCCAUCUGCAUAGUUUAUGUGGAAAAAGAAAUGUACUAUUGUGAUGACCCGAAACUAAAGCUGCUAAAAAUCACAGAACAGACAAGGACCAGAGCUGGAAGGCAGGGAAGCUUCUGUCCUUCACAGCCCCUUUGACGAGGGUGUGGGUCCAGCCACCUGUAGUGCUGCUGAAAGCACAGCAUCUGUGAGAGAGAAAUGGCUAAGACCACAUGAACACCUUCUCUUUUUGCAAAGUGAUUGUUGCAGGAGCUUACCUUACAGCUUUAUUGUAUAGCUCUGAGACACCUUGUUUCUGGGCUUGAGAGCAUGCUGGAAUUUAUUUUAAACCCAGUGAAGUUAAGUGCUCAUUCCAGGUGAAAACUUGCUUUGAUUUGAAGGCAAAAGAAGGAUUGUGCUUUGAAUAAUUAUGUUCAGCUGAUGACAUAUUUGAUCAUUAGACAGCAUUGUCACUAAGCAGUUUAAGUUGUGAAAUUGUAAACAUCAGUGCAGUACCUCAGUUAUGGCAAAGAUGUCUGCAGAUGAAUGGUUCAUAUUGUGGUGCAGUGUUUGAUGUUCACAACAAAAUGUUACAAUAAUAAACUAACAUGAACCGAG